AUGGACCCCAUCCUCGAUGGACUGAAUUCUGCCCAGAGACAGGCAGUCACAUCUUCUGAUCCCAUUCUACAAGUUCUCGCGCCACCCGGCUCCGGCAAAACAAAGACCUUAACAGCACGCGUCGCGUAUCUUCUCUCACAUCAUGGGUACUUACCUCAAGAAGUUAUUUGUUGUACAUUUACCAUCAAAGCGAGUCGUGAGAUGCGAGAGCGUCUCUCAAAACUGGUUGGAGAACGAGUGCAGUCGCGUUUGAUUCUGGGUACCUUUCACUCUAUCUGUCGGCGAUACCUAGUCAAGUAUGGAUAUUUGAUUGGUCUGAGGAAGGGGUUUGGAAUUGCGGACUCGGAUGAUAGUCGAGGUAUUCUCCGGCGUAUCAUCAAACGACUGAAGUCAUCUAUUGAGGUCAAAGCUGCACAAGGUCGAAUCUCCCGCCACAAGGCGCAUGGACUUGGACCGGAUGACCUGGUCGGGCGAGUCAAAGCUGAGGAGCUGGAGAUUGUGGAUAUCUACCGCCAGUAUGAAUCGGGACUUGCAGCUUCAAAUCUCUUAGAUUACGAUGAUCUGCUCGUGAGAUGCGUGCAGCUUCUGAGAGAACAUCCAGAUUGCGUGUCAAACGUGCAAGCGGUGCUCGUCGAUGAGUUUCAGGAUACGAACAUUAUUCAAUAUGACCUAAUGAACCUUUUUGCGUCCAAGAAUCGGCGCAUCACGAUUGUCGGAGAUCCUGAUCAGAGUAUCUAUGGGUUUCGAUCUGCCGAAAUCCAAAACCUAAAGCGAAUGCAGAACCGAUACUCGAACACCUCUGUUGUGCUUUUGGAAUCCAACUAUCGCUCCUCGGCUUCAAUCUUGAAAUCUGCCCAGGAAGUCAUUGAACAAGACACUGCGCGUCCAGACAAGAAGCUACAACCGACUCAUACACAAGGAACGAUGCCUGUUCUAAGGAAGCUUCCUAAUGCCAGUGCUGAAGCGCACUGGAUGGUUCUUGAAAUCAAACGAUGUAUGGCCAUGACAGGCGGUGUUCUGCGCAUGUCCGAUUUUGCAGUGUUGCUGAGAUCUGCUUCAUUAUCAACUCGGAUCGAAACAGCAUUUGGGCGAGCAGGUAUCCCAUAUAAGAUGGUCGGCGGUCGCAAGUUCUUUGAUCGGACAGAGGUCAAGACCCUGAUCAACUAUAUGAGGGUUGUAAGUCAUACUGACGGCACUGAUGCGCUGCUUGGUAUUAUCAAUGUUCCACCCCGGAGGAUUGGAGAUGAGACGAUAAAGCAAUUGACCACUGGUGCGGAGACAGCCAACAUUCCCCUUUGGACCUUCAUCAAAGACGUUAUACAAGGCCGCCGAUCGACAGAGAAGAAGCUGCAAAAGGCAGCAGAGCUGGGACUUUGUUCGCUGAUGAAGUUGAUCGAUGCGUCGAAGCAGAAGCUCCAAGAAUGUGAAGAUGCAUCGGCACCGCGCGUGCUUCUUGAGCACAUCACGGAAAGCCUUUCGUUCCAAGAAUAUCUUGUGAGAACCUAUCCAUUGGAUGAAGAUGGUCGCUGGGCGAACGUUAAAGAAUUGAUGGGCCAAGCCAAUGAAGCUGCAUUCUCCACUGACGACCCGGGUCAAGAAGAGGAUCUCCCUGAAAUCGAGGGAAUAGAACAACAGAAAGUGCAUGCUGGCGAAGAGGCCCUGUCUCGUUUCCUGGCCAAUGUUGCCCUUGCAACUGAGGCGACUACCAAAGACGAAGGGGAGCAGGUAACAGAGAAGGUCACCAUCUCCACCAUUCAUGCUGCUAAGGGGUUAGAAUGGCCAGUUGUUUUCAUACCCGCCGUAUACAAUGGAAGCAUCCCGCAUUCUCGAGCAGAAGUCAUCGACGAAGAGAGGCGCCUACUUUACGUCGCAAUGACCAGAGCUCAAGCGUUAUUGUACAUGAGUUUACCACUACGGCAGCCUCGAAUGGGCGAAGGAGAGGAUUCAUCUACCACUUUGACAUCCUUUCUUCCCCCCAAACUGAUCAAAAAUAGAUUUCGUCUGAUGGGGCCUCAGUUACUGGAAAAUGUUGUGUUCGCUAUUGCUGAUAUUCUGCGACGACCACGACCCGCCGUGGAAGACCUGUACAAAGGACUGGGAUCCCUUCCGUCAACACUGGAUGACCAAUGGACAGCUGAAGGUGAAGAGAAGAACAAGGGCGGCGAUUUAGAAUGGAAAAAAUCCCUGGGAUCCGACUUGGGAGAACCCAACCCUAAGAGACGCCGUUCGGACAUCAAUCAGCCGACUACUACCACAUACAUGUCAGCAGGCGGGCAUAGCAUGGGUAACUCGUCCAACUUCAUGGUCCCUACCACGCUCAGCUCCGGAUUCUCGUCUGCUCGUGACUAUAUCACGGCCAACCCGGAAGCUGGCCUGGCAACGACGGAAACCGCCAAAGCUGUUACGGAAACCGCCCCGGUCAGUCAGGCGACAAAGGAUACUACACGAAAAGACGGACUUAGCCAAGCCAGUAUCUCAAACUUCUUCGGUGGGCCAGGAUCCUCCUCGAAGAAAACCUCCGCCCCAUCCAACUUGCCGACCCAACCAGCCCGACGAAACCAGCUGACAUCACAAAAUCCGCGGCCAGGCUCCCAGCCUGUUCCGCCGACGCUGUCUUCCCACCGACUCCAACCACGACCACUGCAGCCUACGCGACCGGCCUUGGAUACCGCGGAGCCUAACAAAUACACGUGGCUGGCGGCUCCGUCCAGACCUACGGUGAAACCUGCCCGGAUGCUGACCCAGCCUUCGAAUGGAAACAACACAGUGGACACAGGGACCAGGGCGGAAGAGAUGAAACAGGAGAGCUCCACUCGCGGUGUCCAGUCAGUGACAUUCCAUACGACUACAAUGACCACUGUUCGGCAGCAAGCCCAAGCUUCGGGGCGACGGACAUUAGGGAUCCGGCGGAGUAUGAAUGGAUGGGAGGAGCGGAUGAAACGGGACGGCGGGGGCCAAGGACGUGGAGGGAAUCCAGACUAG